UUUUUGAAUGGCUACGAAAAAAACCAACUCAAAAAUUAUAGCAGUCAGAUCACGUGGAACUGUCGCGUCGUUUGCUGGAAAUCGGCGCGACAUUUUCAACGCGAUAGCGCAAUCCUUCAGGGCAUUAGCCACCAUGGAAAUGAACACUGCCCCAUCCAACACAUCUUUUGAUGAGCUGCAUCUACUCAUUAGGAGAACAGCCGAGAAAUUCUCUCCGGAGAGCGAUCUAUCGCUUGUGCAAAACACACGAGAAACGAUGCAGAGAGUAAACGAGGUGCGAGCGAAACAACAUUACCAUUCCCAAGAAGAAUUGCGAGCACUCAUGCGACAGUUGGAAGAAGCACGCAUUCAAGCUACACGACCAAACGAUGUGGUUGAUGACCGAGAACACAUAGAAGCUCUCGCACAGAAGGAUAAAGAGAAAUACCAUUGGGCAAAGCAAGCUCUUGAAUUAGAGAACGACAACCAUACCCUUGAAGCUCAAAUACAGUCACUUCGAGGACAGAUUGAUGAAAUGGAAGCUCAAGAAGUUAAAGUUGAAGAUACCAUUGACAAAACUACACUGCAACUUCAGAUCUAUCGAGGAUUGGGCAUUGAACUCCUGGAUGACGGAAAUGGCCAAUUUGUUAAAGCUCGUAUACAUUCCACAAGAUUGAAUGACAUGAACACGCUUCCACUCAACGACAAGUACUCUCCUUUCUUCUAUUCCAACUACCUCUGGGAAAUGUGCAGCUAAAUCCUUUGGCUUUUAUGACUCCAUCCUUGUACCAUAAUGCUUCAAAUUUUAUUCUAACACCCACCAAUAUACAUAAAUGUUGUUGAUAAUAAUUACCAAUACCAGUAAGAGA